AAACCCACCACCUACCCAUUCACCUCAGGACGGAUAUAGGUAUUCGAGCAACUGGUGACCCUGGCAUGGCCAUGGCCAUGGUAUAAUCAUCUAUAAAAGUUGAUCUCCCAACCCUCCGUUGAACCCUCUCCUCCUAUUCUACACACAUCAUUCCAAUGACCACACUUCACACUUGUCCUUCCCCCUUUUGUUUCUCUUUGUAAUUUUUUCUUCUCUUUACUUUCGAUUCUUGGCCCUGGAGGCACGUUGAGUACAUAUAACUUGCACUUGAUUUCAAUUCUUACUCUUCAGCAUUCCCAUUCUGUCACCCAUUUCCUACCCGUCCUCCAACAAAAUGCGUUCCUCUCAGGCUCUUCUUGUUACUGCUCUGGCCGCUAGCGUCAAUGCCCAUGGCCUAGUUGUAUCCAUCCAGGGUGCCAACGGCGUCACCAUGCCAGGUCUGUCUGUUGCCGACGGCACCCCCCGUGACUGCAGCUCUAAUGGCUGCGGCUCUCAAGCCGACACCGCCAUCAUCCGCGACAGCGAUAUCUCCUCAGGCCGGGCCGGCCCACUUGGUCGAACUCAGGGCAACGGCCCCAUCAGUGCCGAGACCAUGAUUCGCAACUUCAUGGGCCGCGGCACGGCCCCAACCAACAACGGCGCCAGCGACUCCGUCGGCGUGGAGGACGACAUCCCCAUUGCCAGCCGCGGUGGCAGCCGUCUCGGCGGUCUCUUCGGCGGCGGCGGCGGCGGCAGCGGCACCUCCGCCAACGGGCCCCCCGAGAGCAGCGUCGCCGCCUCCUCCGGCCAAGGCGCCUCCCGCGGUCUGCCGACCGCCUCGGACUCCGGUCUCGUGACCAUGACGUUCCGCCAAAUCAACCAGGACGGCGCGGGGCCCCUGACGGCCGACAUUGACGGCACGUCGGGCGGCACCGAGGAGAGCGCCUUCCAGCGCGCCGAGAUCGUGACCGACGUGCCCGGCUUCUUCGGCGGCCUUUCCCUCGCCACCAACACCGAGUUCCCGCUCGAGGUCCAGAUGCCGCCCGGCAUGACCUGCGAUGCCUCCGUCGGCGGCGCCGAUAACGUCUGCAUCGUCCGUGUUCGCAACUCCGCUAUUGCUGGGCCCUUUGGCGGCUCUGCUGCUUUCACGCAGUCUCCCGAGGCCCGCAAGCGCGCUCUGGCUUUCCGGCUGAAGAAGCGCAUGGAGAUCCGGGUCUGA